UCAAGACCACCUUCAUCGAGCCCUUCCAGUAUUAUUCGCCGGACUUCCUCAUUGGAUACGCUUGCUGCUCCAUACCUUGCUGGACAGUGGCCUCGUGAUAAUCAUGGACAAGCUGCUCCAUGUAUGAGAGACAAAGCCACACAGACAGAAAGUGCCUGGGCUGAAGAAUACUUGGAAAAGAAGAGAAGCUCACACAAACGUUCAGCAUCAUGGGGCAGUAAUGAUCAACUCAAGGAGAUUGCAAAGUUGCGCCAACAGUUGCAGAGAAGCAAACACAGCAGCAGGCAUCAUCGCGAUAAAGACAGACAGUCUCCAUUUCAUGGUAACCACACAGCCAUUAACCAUAGUCAGGCUCCCAUCCCAAAGAGUGCUCUUAUUCCUGUGAUACCUAUUACCAAAUCAACAGGAUCACGAUUCCGAAACAGUGUGGAAGGGCUGAAUCAGGAGAUUGAGAUAAUAAUUAAGGAGACUGGAGACAAAGAGGAACAGCUUGUUCCUCAAGAUAUUCCAGAUGGACAUCGUGCACCACCUCCGUUGGUUCAGCGUAGUAGUAGUACUCGCAGCAUUGAUACUCAAACGCCUGGUGGAGCAGACAGGGGUAGUAACAACAGCAGCCGUUCCCAGUCAGUAUCUCCAACCUCAUUUCUUACCAUCUCUAAUGAAGGCAGUGAGGAAAGUCCAUGUUCUACAGAUGAUCUUCUUGCUGAUUCCAGAGAUAAAGAGAAUGGGAAUAAUUCUCCCUUGCCAAAAUAUGCUACCUCACCAAAACCCAACAACAGCUACAUGUUCAAGCGUGAACCUCCAGAGGGCUGUGAAAAGGUGAAAGUCUUUGAGGAAAGCUUGCCAAAGCCGUUGCAUGAAAUUCCAGCCUUCUACUGCCCUGACAAGAACAAAGUGAAUUUCAUUCCUAAAAGUGGCUCUGCUUUCUGUCUUGUCAGCAUCCUCAAGCCACUUCUUCCCACACAGGAUCUCACACUUAAGGGCACUACACACAGUCUGACUGUCUCCUCCAGCAUGACACCCAGUUUGUUACAGCCCAUUUCUAUGGCUUCCUUGUCUACAAACACAGAUCAAGACAGGAUCUCUCGUGGAACAAGUACAGUAAUACCGACCUCUAUACUCCAGCAAUCGGGACAUAUUGAGGAAGCUGAAGGCUAGAUUUAGAUUGUCUUAACAUUUUUCUGGGCAACUACUGGGAAAGAAUUGGACCAGUUGACUGGACCUUUCUGAUCACACUAUUUGCAUUGUUUUAACAAUUUAUGACACUGUCAUAAUUGAACUAUUUGUAUAAUUGACAGUUUGGUAGCACAUUGAGGAGUUCAGGAGGAUGCAGCAGCUGAUACUCUGUUGCACUUUCUGCUUAUGAAGACUGGUUCUGUUUCUCUUCUGCUCU